AUGAGGGCUUUCAUUUUCUUUCUCUUCAUGCUCCUGGCCAUGUUCUCAGCAUCUUCAACCCAGAUUUCAAAUACCAGUGUUUUCAAACUAGAAGAGAAUCCAAAACCUGCACUUAUUCUGGAGGAAAAAAAUGAAGCUAACCAUCUAGGAGGACAAAGAGAUUCUAAUAAGCAAGGAGGGAGUUAUACACAAGGAAAUCCAGGAAUAUUUAGGCUUCAAGGACAACCAGGUUAUUUUAACAAGCUAGAGAAACCAAGACAUUUUAAGCAAGGGAGAGCAGGAGUUUUAAACCAGCCUGGGAUUUUAAAGAAUUCAGGAAAAUCUAACCAAAAAGGGAAUCCAGAAUCUUCUAAUAAGCAGGAAAACUCAGGAUCUUCUAGCCAACUAGGGAGACCAGGGAUUUCUACCCAACAGGGAAAUCCAGGGUCAUCUGGCCAACAAGAGAAACCAGGGUCAUUUAGCCAGAAAGUGAUGGUGGGGUCAUCUAGCCAACAGGGGAAGCCAGGAUCAUCUAGCCAACACGGGAAUCUAGGGUCAUCAACCCAGAAAGGGAAUUUAGGAUCUUCUAGCCUACAAGGGCAUCUGGGUUUAUCUAGCCAUCAAGGGAAGCCAGAGUCAUCUGGCCAACAGGGGAAGCCAGGGUCAUCUAGCCAACAAGGAAAUCUAGGAUCUUCUGGCCAACAGGAGAAGCCAGGAUCUUCUAGCCAACAGGGGAAGCCAGGGUAUUCUAGCCAUCAAGGGAAGCCAGGGUCAUCUAGCCAACAAGGAAAUCUACAUUUAUCUAGCCAGCAAGGGAAUCAAGGACCUUCUAGCAAACAGAGGAAGCCAGGUUCAUCCAGCCAUCAAGGAAAUCUACGAUUAUCUAGCCAGCAAGGGAAUAUAGGAUCUCCUAGCCAACAGGAGAAGCCAGAGUCUUCUAGCCAACAAGGGAAUCUAGGGUCAUCUAGCUAUCAAGGGAAGCCAGUGUCAUCUAGCCAACGAGGGAAGCCAGUGUCAUCUAGCCAACAAGGGAAGCCAGGGGCAUCUAGCCAGCAAGGAGAUCUAGGAUCUUCUAAGCAGCAGGGGAAGCCAGGAUCAUCUAGCCAGCAAGGAAAUAUAGAGUCAUCUGGCCAGGAAUGGAAGCCAGAGUCAUCUAGCCAUCAGAGAAAAUUAAGGUCAUUUUACAACCAACGACAAAGAAAAAAUAUCGACAGCACUUUUGAUGGCAAUAUAAUGGACUUUGAGGUUAGUGCUAAUAACUUCUUUUUCUCAGUCAACUUGACCCAGCAAUUCUCUUUUCCAAGACUUAAAAUGCUUUAAAAACCACAGUGUGUUAAUGAAAAGUCACUUGCAAUGACACUGAUUAAACAAAAUGAGAAGCACUUUGGAGCUGAUUAUUUUCAUGCAUAACACUUAUGAUUAUUAAUGAAUGUACUGCCCUUCUAUUCUUUCAUUUCCCUCUAUUAUUUUCCACUCAAACCUCCCUAUCUAUACUAGAAUAACUCAGAUCCUCAUCAACUGAGCCCACAUCUUUGCCAGGUUUAACUUUCAUGUCCAUUUUUAUCCCAUCCAUAAUCUAUAAAUCACUGAAGUAAUAUUCCUAAAUCAAAAAUCCUCUCUGAUAUUUUAGACCCCUGCUUGAAAUUCCCCAGUGGCUUCAUACUACCUAGAAGAUGUAACUUAAACUCCUAAACAUAGAAUUUACAGACUUUCAUGAUUAUACUGCAUACUGUUUAGCCUCAUUUCAUGUCACUGUUGCUUACACACCACCCAUGUCAUACAGAGCCCUUUGAUUUUCCACUCAUGUAUUCCUAAUACUAAUGAUUUCCUCUAUUACUAAACUCACCUUAACACUUUGUAAUUGUCUAUUAUCAGCUAGAUAAUGAACUUCUUGAAGAAAGUACCAUGUAUCCCCAGAACCUAGAAUAAGUGUGGCAUGUAGUAAGUUCUCCUGAACUGCAUGUUAGAUGGAUAGAUUAAUGCCUGCUACUUGGAAGCUACCAUUUCAAAUAGGUGAACAUCUAUCUGAUCCACAUGUCUCCUGUAUUCCCUUUUGAAUCCUGCUGCGCUUUUACUUUCACUUGCCUGCCUCUCUUCCAACAAUCGGCCUCCUAAUCUAUUUAACAAUUGCUUUGAAUACUCCGUUUGAUACUCACAUUCAAAACAGUUUUCUAGAACACUCUUAUCAUCUUAAUGGAAACUAUUUUUUUACCUCAUAAAUUUUCAUUCCUCACAAGCCUUCCAGAUGAAAGUCAUUUGUUCUCUUAGUCAUUAUCAGUUGGCUGGCAUGAAGUAGUAAUCUCUCAGAGAGACUCCCUACCAUUCAGAUCUUAAUGACAUCACCAGCAGGUCUCUGAGUUUUUAGGAUGUCACUUAAAUUUUUGCAAUUUUAUAUUUAUUCUAGAAUAGGAGAAAUAACCAUGUCCAAUUAACACAGUAUGUGUGAAAUAAAUUGAUCAUCAUGAAAGGGUUGUAUGAUUUGGAAUAUAUGGAGGUAUUUUUUUUAUCUCCCUACAACAUCUCAGCUCUGAGAAUACCACAUCCUCUAUCAAAAAUGUCUCAUCAUUCUCAUUAAUGACUCUGUUCUCACCUGCUAGUCAAAGGGUACUUAUAUUCACAGGCUUUUGCCAUUUAGCUCACAUCCAAAGAAAAUGCAUCAGGUAUUAUUUAAAUAAAUCCUGCAUAAUCCUACUUCCUGUAUAAUUUUUUUUCAUGGGCAUACCAAAAAAAGGGAAUCAACAAAUUAUGACUGUAUGCGUUUUGCAUUUGCUUGUAUGACUUUUCCCUGACUAUUGUUUGUCCAUGUAGAGGAAGAAUUGCCUCCAGAAAAUUAAAAUGGAGGCAGUCUGACAUAUAGUAAGUGAGUAGUUUCCAAAUAUUUUCCUUGAUUCUGUGGGUAUCUUUUCACAUCAUUGAUUGCUUCCUUUCCUGCGCAGAAGUUUUUCAACCUGAUGGGGUCCAUUUUUGCUAUGGAUUGUCUGUGUUAGUUAGGUAUUUCAACCUGAUGUGGUCCAUUUUUGCUAUGGUUGUCUGUGUUAGUUAGGUAUUACUCAAGAAAUCUUUGCCAGUCCAAUGUUCAAGAGAGUUUCAACACAGUUUUCUUGUAGUAGUUUUAUUGUUUGAGGUCUUAUAUUUAAGUCUUCAAUCCAUUUUGAGUUGAUUUUUGUGUAUGGUGAGAGAUAGGAUUGUGGUU